AUGGGCAGCACCGCUUGGAGGAUGAGUGUUGUGCAGAAGGCAGAAGAGAUUAGGAAAGGGCCCUGGACAUUAGAAGAAGAUACCCAGUUAAUUGCCUACGUAAGACUGCAUGGUGCAUGUCGUUGGAGUUCACUUGCCAAGAUGGCAGGUUUGAAGAGAGAUGGCAGGAGUUGCAGGAUGAGGUGGCUUAAUUAUCUCCGCCCUGAUAUCAAGCAUGGCACAUUUACUCCCGAGGAAGAUCGCUUAAUCAUUGAAUUGCAUAAUAAAUGGGGAAACAGGUGGUCUUGGAUUGCAAGGAGUUUACCAGGAAGAACGGACAACGAGAUAAAAAACCAUUGGAGAACCCAUAUCACGAAAAUGUCUGAAGAGAUUAUUGGUAUUUCUAGUUGGCCUCCAAGUUCUAAAACUAAAGCACAAAUAAAGAAAGUAAGAGAAAAAAUUGAGUCUUCUAGUAGUAAAAUGACCAGGGAUCAGCAAAUGCCAGCAGUGAAAGAAUGUUACCCACAAUGUAGCGCACCCAAUAAUCUAAACAAGGAGAGCUGUGAUACUCGUGAGUUUUAUGAUGGUUACCAAACGUCCCUAACCUCGCAAGAAGUACACCAAGAGUUUAUAAACGAAUCAUCUGACAUGGAUACACAGAGCGACAUGAUAAUUGAUGCAUCUGCAGCAAAAGCCAACGCUGCCCACAUUCGGUUACACAUGGAAAAAAGAGAAGGCUUUACUAAAGUUUGGUUGGAGUAUGACUCGCUAAACACUGUCAAUUGUCUGAGUGGACGCACGAAUCCUAGCUGGAUGACAACUAACAUGAUCAAGGAUUGCCAAGAUAUAAUUAAUGAACUGGUAGAUUUCAAAAUCUUGCAUGUUUACCAGGAAGGCAACAAGGUGGCGGAUCUACUGGCCAAUUUGGUGGUGCGAUACGUGACAACCAAAUGGUGGAGCAGCAGGGAUGCUUUCCCCAAAAAUCUGUGCGAGAUGGCCCGUGAUGAUUUCUGCGUUAAUCAAUGA